AUGUGUAGUGAUCUUGAUGGUGAUUCACUAACGGAGUGGCAUAACAUAUCACUAUUGCAACCACUUCAUUUGGUUUACGAACGACAAACAAUCGAACGACUAACAAUUGGCGGAGAUGCUCUCGCUGCAUGUGAUAAACUAGUUCGUAUCUUUCUUGAAGAGGCUUUCUUGCGCUCGAUCGCUGUUGCAAGAGCGGAUAACAGAGAUUCUGUUACAGUAGAGGACUUCGAGAACAUAUUGAUCCAACUUAUGUUGGACUUUUCCGCUUAG